AUGACUGAAGAUACAAGUGCAUCAUGUACAGAAGAAUCUAAUAAUGGAAGUGAUGAUAAUGAUGACGAGGACGAUGAUGAUGAUGAUGAUGAUGAUGAUGAUGAAAUAAUUGAUCAUGAACCUACAAGUCAAUUACAAACACCCUAUGCUCAUCAAAUUCCUCAAUCAAAUAUAAAACAACAAAUUCAUGAUGCUGGUUUUCGUGAAUAUUGUUCACAAUUAAUUGAUCGUCAAUUGGAUGAAUUAUGUAUACAGUUAUUAUUAACAUUAAAACGUUUUCAAGAUCGUAAAAAACAACAAUUUCAAUCAAAUCCUGAACGUGCACGUCGUAAACGUCGUUUCGUUCAUGGUAUACGUGAAGUAACUAAACAUUUACGAUUACAACGUUUAAAAUGUGUUUUAAUUGCACCUGAUUGUCAAUCCAUUCAAAGUCAAGGUGGUCUUAAUGAUGCUAUUGAACAAAUAAUUAAUCUAUGUAAAGAACAAAAUAUUCCUUAUAUAUUUACUCUUAAUCGUCAAAAAUUAGGUCGAUGUUUAAAUAAAAUAUCUCGUAUAUCAACUAUAGGAAUAUUUGAUUAUAGUGGUGCUGAUACAAUUUAUAGACAAAUUAUUGAAAUAACAAAUGAAAAUCAACGUGCAUAUAAACAAAUUAUUGAUAAUUUAAUAAAUCAUGAUGAUAUAGCAGCAACAACAACACCAUCACAUGGUUUAAAUAGUCGAGAAUUUUAUAAAAUUCUUCAUCGAACAUUUCAACAACAGAAUCAACAACAACGUCAUCAUAUUGUUAAUACAAUUCCAACUGAAUCAUUAUCAAAAGUUUUACCUAAAGUUCCAGCACAUUAUGCACAUUCAAGACAAACAUCUGAUACAUCAACUAUUUAUAUUGAUCAACAAUUAAUUAAUUCAAUUAAAAAACAACAUACACGUGCAUCAAGUGGAACAUAUGAUAUGGGUAAAAAUUCUACAACAGCAACAACAAAUAAAAAACAUCAACGAACUUUAUCAGAUGGUGCUGCAACUAUUGAUGAUACAUCUAUAACAACAACAACAAAACAUCAUUCAAAAACACAUUCACGUACACCAUCAGGUUGUAGUGCAAUAAGUCAAAUAGAACAACAAGAUUAUUUUGAACAAUCAAAAAAUAUUUUAAUUAAUAAUAAUAAUAAUAAUAAUAAUAAUGAUGAAAUAUUUACAGAUAAUGAUGAAACUCGUCUAAAAUCAAUUAAUGAAGAUACAGAAGAAAAUUCAGCAAAUAUUAAAAGAAAAAAUGUCGAAAAAUGGAUUAAUGAUAAUUGA